UUCAGCUCACAGUGGCUUGCCGGUUGCCCUCGGGAGUGGAUGCUUUACGCCCUUUCCCUCUGCGCGGGACUCUCUCUCUCUCUCUCUCUCUCUCUUGUGUGUGCUUGCUCCUGAGAUGUCUCUGGUUGACUAUGCAUCGUCUUCGGACGAGGAAUCAGAUAAAGAAGAAGGAGAAGAAGAAAGAGGAGGAGGAGGAGAAGAUAAAGGACGCGCAGGACCAAGGCCGAACCCUAGCACUCUUUCCUCGCACUCGAAUCGGAACCCGGUUGCUUCAUCACGCCAGGAUCAGGCACCAAAUUCAUCUCAACGAACAAUUCAAAGGCUCCCUGAUGUCUCUCAACUUCUUGAUUCGCCUUCGUUUACGCCGGAUCAACUGAAUGGCGGCGAUCAUUCCUCCCGGGUAGCCGCUGCUAUGGCUGCACGUGAGCUGAAGAAGCGAGAGUCAAAUGGUUCACUUCCUUCGCUACCACAGAGAAAAAUUGCUAGAGGAAACUUGCCCCCACAAAGAAUUCAACCAGACACUGUUGGUAGUCGUCUUCUUCCGCCUCAAAUUAGUGGAAGGAGUAAUGUUGUAACGGAAGACAUCGAUAAGCUGUUUGUGAAGAGGCGACGUGAGGAAAACGGUGGUCAUUCUGAUCAAUAAGAUGUAGAUCUGCCUCACGUGUAUGUAUCAUCCACUAACAUUCUAAUGACUAAUUAGAAGACUUCAUGGUGCAGGAUGUUCUUCUGCAUGGAAAUAUGAACAGGCCAGUAUGGUUUGCUUUACAAUAAUUUUAUAGGAAGUUUUUCUGUUGUUCAA